GACCGCUACGAGCCGCUGGCGCCCGCGCUGCCGGCCGCCGGCGAGCAGGACUGCUGCGGGGAGCGCGUGGUGAUCAACAUCUCCGGGCUGCGCUUCGAGACGCAGCUCAAGACCCUGUGCCAGUUCCCGGAGACGCUGCUGGGCGACCCGAAGCGGCGCAUGAGGUACUUCGACCCGCUCCGCAACGAGUACUUCUUCGACCGCAACCGGCCCAGCUUCGACGCCAUCCUUUACUACUACCAGUCCGGGGGCCGCAUCCGCCGCCCAGUCAACGUGCCCAUCGACAUCUUCUCCGAAGAGAUCCGCUUCUACCAGCUGGGCGAGGAGGCCAUGGAGAAGUUCCGCGAGGACGAGGGCUUCCUGCGGGAGGAGGAGCGGCCCCUGCCCCGCCGCGACUUCCAGCGCCAGGUGUGGCUGCUCUUCGAGUACCCGGAGAGCUCCGGGCCGGCCCGGGGCAUCGCCAUCGUGUCCGUGCUCGUCAUCCUCAUCUCCAUUGUCAUCUUCUGCUUGGAGACGCUGCCCGAGUUCCGCGAUGAGAAGGACUACCCCGCCUCGCCGUCGCAGGACCUUUUCCGGACGGCCAGCAACGGUACGUCGGGUGCCCCUGCGGGAGCCUCCAGCUUCUCAGAUCCCUUCUUCGUGGUGGAGACCCUGUGCAUCAUCUGGUUCUCCUUUGAGCUGCUGGUGCGGUUCUUCGCUUGCCCCAGCAAAGCCACCUUCUCUCGAAAUAUCAUGAACCUGAUAGACGUCGUGGCCAUCAUCCCUUAUUUCAUCACUCUGGGCACGGAGCUGGCUGAGCGACAGGGCAAUGGACAGCAGGCCAUGUCCCUGGCCAUCCUGAGGGUCAUUCGCCUGGUGAGGGUCUUCCGCAUCUUCAAGCUCUCCCGCCACUCCAAGGGGCUGCAGAUCCUGGGGCAGACGCUGAAGGCUUCCAUGCGAGAGUUGGGGUUACUUAUCUUUUUCCUCUUUAUUGGGGUCAUCCUUUUUUCCAGUGCGGUCUACUUUGCCGAGGCAGAUGACCCCACUUCGGGUUUUAGCAGUAUCCCGGAUGCCUUCUGGUGGGCAGUGGUAACCAUGACAACAGUAGGUUAUGGUGAUAUGCACCCAGUGACCAUAGGGGGCAAGAUUGUGGGAUCGCUUUGUGCCAUCGCUGGUGUCUUGACCAUUGCUUUGCCAGUUCCCGUGAUUGUUUCCAACUUCAAUUACUUUUACCACCGCGAAACCGAAGGUGAAGAGCAAGCCCAGUACAUGCACGUGGGGAGUUGCCAGCACCUCUCGUCUUCAGCUGAGGAGCUACGAAAAGCAAGGAGUAACUCGACUCUGAGUAAGUCGGAGUAUAUGGUGAUCGAAGAGGGGGGUAUGAACCAUAGCACCUUCCCGCAGACCACUUUCAAGACGGGCAAUUCCACUGCCACCUGCACCACGAACAAUAACCCAAACUCCUGUGUCAACAUCAAGAAAAUAUUCACCGAUGUUUAAUAUAUGAUACAAGUGACAUACUGUGCUCAGUAUUGUGUGGAAUGUGCCCCCUUGGUCUGUGUAUGCCCUUGUUUUAUACAUUUCCAGACCAUUCAUUGAGGAAACAACACGAGGACGUGAAAGGUGCACUUCUUUCUCCCUCUCCCUACUGCUUCAUACUGAGACAGGUGUCUGUUUUGCAAGUGGGCUGCAUUCUCUCAGCUCUCUUUUUUUUUUUUUUUUCUUUUGCUCCCUCUCUCUUAAAAUAACAAAUAACUUACUCUGAACUUGAUUUCUAGUACCCGCCCUAUUAAAAAAAAACACAGUACAUCCUGGGGGGAAAUGAAACUAAAGAGCUGUUAGAGUAACAGUUUGACCUCAAAAUAUAAAGGCAGUUUUUCUGUACUGACUAAAGCAGACAGGUACUCAGAUGAUGCUUCAGUUGGGACCUUCCAACAUUAUUGAAUAUUUAACUCAAUUGCCUACUCUGUGGAUAUGUGGAUGGAAAGUCUAAUUAGAACGACUUGUAAACCCACCAUAAGUUUAUUUGGUUUUUGACUGGAAUUUCUAUUUGAACCUUCCUCCCAGAAUUUUAAGGGUCUCUACAACUUUGAACAAAAGGAAAUGCCCAAGAUGUCCUGAUCUGACUAAUUAGUUUAACUCUUCCUGGCUUGUUAAGCAUUUCAAAAGUAUUAGAUGAACAGUUUAAUCCCCGCGAAGUUCUGUGCAUGUGUCCCAGCCAAAACCUAUCAAAGUCUAGAAACAGAUGUUUUCAGUGCUGCUAAGAGAAACAAAAAAUUUCCUAAUGCAUCUGAGAGAUAAGCUUCUGCAGUAUCACAAGAAGAUUAAAGUGGCAGACACCCCUUCCAGUGGAAGUUACUAAUUUGGACCUGACUGACGCAGUUCCCAUAGCAACCCAUGUUUCCUGGGAAACCCGAAAAAGGUUGUCAUGGCAUCUCUUGCUCUCUAGCCCCACCCCCACUCCCUAGCCCUUGCUGUUUCCACAGUAACCUUUCCAGAUGGUUCCUACUUACAUGAUUUCAUAAAGAAAGCCACUGUUUGAAUAAACCGCACAAGUAAAGUUAAGCCCGAGGAUCUGAGGAGGUGAAAUGACUCACAAGAUGAAUAUUUUUUUACUACAAAAAUUCAUUGAUGUCAUUCCAUAAUAACUGAAUCAAGAAGGAAAAGGACGUUGGAAUGUUAGCUAUAACCCACAAUAAGGCAUGAUAUGAAUUAAAUGCCAGUUAUUAGGCAAUAAUUCUAAACGAUGCUUCUCUACAGUUUUCUUUCUCCAGGAAGUUUCAAGCCAACAAAGGAAAGUAAAAAGCAAAUGUAAAAGUAUUCUGUACAUAUGCAAAUGAGAGAUUCAGUCAGGGCACCUGAAACCUGACUUCAGGGAACCUUCAGACUUGCUCUUUAAAAAAAAAAAAAAUCAAGAUUCCACAACAGCAUUGCUAGCGCCACAGCACUAAAUAAACUUCAAAAAUACAAAGGAUGCACGUUUUUAACUGAGGGAAUUGCAGACAAUCAAUAAAAAGGAGGGACGAGAAGUAACCAAAUCUGGGGGAACUCCUGCAAGUUUCAGCCAUAUGCCAGGGGUUGCCAGAAGACAGACAAAAUCAGCAGUUGCAAGUCCUUUCCACCCCUCAGCUGUGAAUAGAAGUGAUAACCCCUCCCACUAAGAAAUGCAAAGAAGCACAUGUGCCCCCCAGUCUGAAGACUUGCGGAAACACUGUGAGUUAGAGGUGAGGAGCAUCAGAACCAGGAAGAGGAUACUUAUGAUUGCGUUUUAGGGUGGGGGUUUUUCUUUCUUGUAUUGCAAUUUCUGUUUUGUAUUUGGCCUUUUAAACUAAGGAGGAUAAAACUAUUGCUUUUGUACUACUAAUUUCCUAUAUUUUGAAGUGGUGAUUUUAUAUAUAUUAACGAAAUCACUUGUGUUAUAUACACCUGCUGAGUGGUUGGUAACCUUUGAGAGACGGCAAGUGAGAGGAGGCAGGAGGAAGGGUGGGAAAGCCUGCAGAGCCCAAACCUUACUCCAUUGUGGCUCUGCUCCUACCCUCCAGACAGAAAAUGGCCAUUGCUAUAUAGCACAU